AUGCCAGACUCUGUCCGACAGGAUGUGCUCAGACUCUUGGACAAACGCAAAGAUAUUGAAACUGAACUAAGACAUCAGCGUGACAUUUUGGAGGCUAACCAUGUCACCAUGUCGACAAAUGUGCUCGACGCAGAAGGAUUUCCACGUUCGGACCUCGAUAUACCCACGAUUCGCGCUGCCAAAAGUCAAAUACGCUGUCUACUGCAUGAUAGAGAGCUGAUCAACGCAAAGCUAGAGGCCUUACUUCCUAGCGCACUACGUCAUGGAGUUACUUUGGACACUAGCUCAUCCUCUUUACCUAAAACUGACCAUCAUAUCCCCCCGCCGCAUCAACUUGCUAUUCGAAGCGUCCAAAGAAACAGUCCUGCUGCCACAGCAGGUCUGGAGGCAGGUGAUUUGUUGGUAAGCUGGGACGAUCUGCGUCCUCUCUCCGCCAUGCACUUAUCGCAGCUGCCAUCGCGUGUCAAAGAGGGUGUGCCAAUCAUCCUUGAAGUCAAUCGAACACUCACGAACGGGGUAACUAUGAGCUUAAAGCUCACUCUGAUCCCAUCAUCCCAGUGGGAUGGCCGUGGCCUUCUCGGCUGCCAUAUUGUGCCUGUAGGAACAUAG